AUGCAGCAGCAAGGCGAUCAUAACGACCGUCUUCUGAUAGCAAUACUAGGCUGUCUCGACGAGCUCCACUAUGAAUGUCACCCAGAUGUCAUGUGGCGAAUUAGGUCCGAGCUUACAGCCCUCGUGAACUUUGAUGCCGAAAUUCCUGAAUCAGAACCAGAUUCGGUCUUCAAAUGGUCGCAUCAGGCUGUUCUCCUUCUAAUUGAGGAGUAUCGGAAGAGAGAGGAAGAUGUCAUAUCAGGCAAAAUAUCGCAAAAGCGAGUGUGGAAGUCGAUCAGUGAAGUUCUUUGUAGGCAUGGACAUGAUGUUACUGGCCCACAAUGCCAAAGCAAAUUUAACGGGAUGAAGAGAACAUUUAAAUCCAUCAAAGAUCACAAUUCUAAAUCAGGAAAUAAUCCUCGGUCCUGGCCUUAUACUGAGGUGAUGGAAUCUUUGUUAGGAGAGAAACCUUUUAUGAAUCCUGUUGUUGAGAUCAUGGAGCUUGAUGAACACUUGACUCCC